AUGGCUUCCGCUGCGGAAACCCAACCAGGCCUGUACAAUGCGACUGACGCGAAAGGCGACAUCGAACGUAGAGGCAGCGUCGCAAAGACAGAGAAAGGAAGGUGGGAAAGAUUAUGGCCCGUCAUCGCAUGCGGCGCGGGUCUUUUCAGCGAUGGCUACCUCAAUAAUAUUAUCGGUCCAGUCAAUACGAUGCUUAAAACUAUCUACCCAGACUCGUAUGCGAACUCGUCCGCUCAAGCAAACGUCUCGAGUAUUACUUUUGCGGGCACGGUCGUUGGCAUGCUCUUCUUCGGGUAUACUUCUGAUCACUUUUCGCGGAAAUGGUCGCUAUUCACGUCAACCAUUAUUAUCAUCCUUUUUGCCAUAUUGGGUACGGCGUCAUACGGAGCUGGAGGUAGUCCAAGUGGACUGUUGACGGCGCUCGUUGUCUACCGUUUCUUCCUCGGAAUAGGUAUCGGCGGAGAGUACCCAGCAGGCAGCGUCGGCUGCGCAGAAUCCACCGGCGAACUCAAGCAAGGAACGCGAAACAAGUGGUUCAUCCUCUUCACCAACGUGCAGAUCGACCUAGCGUUCUUCAUCAGCGCCAUCGUCGCGACCGUCGUUGUCCUCGCUACUGGCGAAGACCAUCUACGAGCCGCUUGGCGUAUCUGCCUAGGUAUCGGAAUCAUCCCACCUCUUUCGCUGCUAUACCUCCGAUUGAAGCUACAAGAGCCCGAAGCAUUCAAGCGAGAGUCGCUGGCCAAGGCGAAGACGCCAUGGCUGCUUAUCAUCAAGUACUACUGGUUCCGCCUCAGUAUCGUCAGCAUCAUUUGGUUCAUCUACGACUUCAGCGCGUACUCAUUCGGUAUUUAUGCGACGUCUAUCUUGGCCAAUCUGCUAGGCGAGUCGGCACCGCUGUGGAAGAGUCUGGCAUGGAACAUCCUCAUCAAUUUCUUCUACAUGCCUGGUUGCCUUGCUGGUGCUUUUGUCGCAGAUCUACCUUCCAUGGGGCCCAAGAAGACGCUGUUCAUCGGUGUGACUUUACAGGGUAUUAUCGGGUUCAUCAUGGCUGGAUGCUAUCCGUGGUUGAACAAGCCUGAGAACGUUGCCGGCUUCGUCGUGGUGUAUGGUGUUUUCCUUGCGCUGGGCGAGUUCGGACCGGGCGAUAAUAUUGGUUUGGUUGCCUCCAAGACGUGCGCAACGGGUAUACGAGGACAGUACUACGGUAUUGCAGCCGCUGUAGGCAAGAUCGGUGCCUUUGCCGGCUCUUACGCUCUGGACGCACUUCAGAAAGCUGCAGGCGAUGAUGAAAUCGCUGCGGGUCGCAACCCCUUCUUCGUGGCUUCUACUCUUGCCUUCGUAGCUGCGGGGCUGGUGUUGCUCCUUCCUCAUAUCGGCCAGGACACAAUCGAUCAGGAGGAUAUACGGUUCAGGGAGUACCUGACAGCGAAUGGAUAUGAUACUAGCAGCAUGGGCUUGAAGAGUGCGGAUGCAACGGGCACUGAGAGCGACGACAACGGCGUUGUGCCGGUUGAGCAGACAUAUGGGAAAUAA